GGAUUAAAAAUCAAAAUAGAUUAAUCAUCGUUAUGCGGAUGGCGCUAUUCACCACCGCCACACCGUCCACCGUCUCCUUCCUCCUACAUGAAUAUGAUGCCUUCUCAUCCACUCGCUUCUCUCUAACUCACUUUCUCUCUUCCCAUUCCCAUCUAAUCUCAAGCUGCAACACAAAUGAGAAAAUGCACUGUGCAAGCAUUGGUACUCGCGCUUGCUUGCAUCCUUCUACUCAUCCUCCUAACCCCAUCCAUUCCUCAGCCUCAGCGAUACCAUGAUUUCGCUGACAAGCGCCAAUUCUUCGGCAUUCCCAAUGCACUUAACGUGAUAUCAAAUUUCCCAUUCAUGGUUAUUGGUCUUAUUGGCCUUGUGCUUUGCCAUCGAGGGAACUAUUUCAACCUCAGUUUGCAAGGUGAAAAAUGGGGUUGGACAUGCUUUUAUGUUGGUGUGAUUUCAGUUACUUUUGGGUCUUCAUACUAUCAUCUUGACCCAGAGGAUGCAGGCCUUGUGUGGGAUAGGCUGCCGAUGAGUGUUGCUUUUGGUUCUCUGUUGGCAAUCCUCAUCAUUGAAAGGAUUGAUGCGAAGAAGGGAACGAUUUCAAUUGUACCUCUAAUUACAGCGGGCAUAAUGUGCAGUGUGUAUUGGAGAUUCUUUGGUGACAUCCGUUUAUAUCUUCUGGCCCAAGGUGCAUCAUGCAUUGCCAUACCUCUCAUGGCUGCUUUGUUGCCUCCAAUGUAUACGCAUUCAACAUAUUGGCUCUGGGCUUCAGGAUUUUAUCUUCUAGCUCUGCUGCAAGAGGCUGCCGAUAAAGCAAUUUAUAUGUUGACUUUUCAUAUUGUCAGCGGUCACACACUCAAGCAUUUGUCUGCUGCAAUGGUUCCUGUCAUCCUAACAGUCAUGCUUGCAAAGAGAAGUGUUUACUUGGGAAAGCUUUUACAUGCAAAGUCUACUUAACACGUAAAGCAUUUGCCAGACCAAGACCAAAGAAGGCAAUUGAUUUUCAUGUACAGGUUGUGGAAUCUCAGUAAUGCCAUCCUCCCCUCCCACUGAAGAAAAAAUAGAAAGGUUAAGCUGUUAAGGUAGUUUAAUGGUGUGUGGAGCACAAGUAGUUUGUUAAAUAUUUCAUGUUUAAACUUUAGUGCUUUAGUUGUACACUUGUACUAAAAAAGAAAAAGAAGGAAGGUGAAUGGGACAAUGACCCUAUUGUGAUACAGUAGCAUUCACCUUAACUAGCUUGUUUGUACAGUUCCUAUCUUUCAAUUUAUAGCAAGUAUUGAAACUUAAAAGAGUCAAUAGACCGAAUAGAUGAACAAUGGAAUCUUGACUCGUUCAGUCAC